AUGACAGACGCAUCAUCGGAUUUUCAAGAUCAACAUCAACAAACCGACGUACAGAUGUCGACUCCUUCCCAAUGCGAUAAGGAGGCCAGCAGUUCUGAGCAGCUCAAGCCCAAGAUCAAGAAGGAGCUCAAGACUGAAUCUAGAAAGCUUCUGGCCAUCUUGAACAAUCUAGCUUCGAGAGACAAGAGCACACACAUUCGCGAUCUGUGGAAGAUCUAUCGCACUGCUACUCGUACCGCCAAUCGCCACAGAAGAGCAGUGCAUGUCCGGGGCCAAAUCAUAGAUCUGGAAAGUGCCACUGCUAGUGAGAUCUCACAUCUUGAAAUGAUGAGCGACCGCGAAAAGCAGGCUUUGGACGCUUACCACGCCCUUCUGGAGAUCAUGCGAGCUGACAGAGCCAUAUUCACCGAGAUCGAAGAAGCAAGCCACAGGAUCUCGUCGAUGGUCAAGAAAACACCUCACAGUGAACUCUUUGCAGCUGCGGUACAGGUCACGAUGAACAGCAUCCAGAGGCAACGCGAGAACAUGGAUGCGUUUCUGAUAAGCCUUUCACAGUAG